UUUCAGUGAUGAGAGGCAUUCUUCAAAUGCACGUGUAUGCAUCAGUAUAGUCAAGGUUAAACGGUUUACAAGAAAAUUACAAUAUAACUAUUAGCGUUUAAUUAUCAGUCAUAAAAGUGAUUUCACUACAACAACAUGCUUAUGAAUUUGUGGACAUUAAUUUUCACCAUUUUUCUUGGUGCAUUUAUGUUAAUAUACUUUUAUCAGUCAUUAAAGAAAUUGAAAUAUUUCAAAAUCCAUGGAAUACCACAUAAAUCGCCAAUACCAAUUUUUGGUAAUCAAACACCAGUUAUAUUUCGUAAAAUUUACAUGGGAGAUUUAAUAGAAAAAUUAUAUAACGAUAAUCCAAAGGCAAAAUAUUUUGGAUUAUAUGACUUUAUGAAUCCAGUGAUUGUUUUACGUGAUAUGGAAUUAAUUAAAAAUGUGACAGUGAAAAAUUUUGAAACAUUUCCAAAUCAUAAAAUUUUUUUCGAAGAAUCAUGGGAACCGUUAUUUAGUAAAAAUUUAUUUGCCCUACAAAAUGAAAAAUGGCAUAAUGUACGCUCAUUAUUGAGUCCAGCAUUCACAUCAAGUAAAAUGAAAAUAAUGUUUAAACUUAUAUCCGAAUGUGCUGUGAAUUUCACCGAAUUUCUAUCGAACGAUAAGGAAGCAAUGAAAAUGAUUGAAAUGAAAGGUGCCUUUACACGUUAUACAAAUGAUGUGAUUGCCACCAGUGCAUUUGGAAUAAGUGUUGAUUCAAUGAAAAAUCCAAAUAAUGAAUUUUAUCAAAUGGGUAAAGAUGCAACGGAUCCAGUUAAAAUUUCAAUGAAAUUUUUUCUCCUACGAAGUUUUCCGUUUAUUAUGAAAUUAUUGAAUAUUAAAUUAGUAAAUUCGAGUGUCUCUCAAUUCUUCACGGAAAUUAUUAAAUCGACUAUUAAAGCAAGAGAUAAUAAUUCAAUAACACGACCUGAUAUGCUGCAAUUAAUGAUGGAUUCAAGAGGAAAGGACGGGAAUAAAAUUGAUCUUACACCAGAGGAAAUGACUGCACAGGCUUUCAUCUUUUUUUUAGCUGGUUUCGAUCCUGUUUCAACGAAUAUGUCCUUUACUGCUCAUGAACUUGCUGUAAAUCCAAAAAUUCAAUCACGAUUACAAGAGGAAAUUGAUGAGGUAUUACGUGCAACGAAUGGUAAUCCAACAUAUGAAGCUAUCAAUGAAAUGGAAUAUUUAGACGCUGUUUUAAAUGAAACACUGAGACGACAUCCGAUUGUACCAUUUCUUGAUAGGGUUUGCAAUAAAAGUUUUGAAUUACCACCAACAUUACCUGAUGCAAAACCAUUAACAUUAGAAUCUGGAAUGACUGUUUGGAUUCCAGUGAGUGCAAUUCAUUUCAAUCCUGAUUAUUAUGAUGAACCGGAAAUAUUUAAUCCUGAUAGAUUCUUGAGUAAUGGGAAUGCGAGCAGUAAGGCAAUGACAUUUCUAACAUUUGGUAUUGGUCCAAGACAAUGUAUUGGCAAUCGAUUUGCAAUUUUAGAAACAAAAGUUGUAUUAUUUCAUUUAUUAGCGAGAUGUAAUUUAAAAGUUUGUUCAAAAACAUCUGUACCUUUGAAAUUAAGUAAAAAAACUUUUGCUCGCAAUGCUGAUGAUGGUUUUUGGGUUAAGAUAGAAAAACGAAAAAAAUAAAUAAAUUCUCCAAAAAAAAAAA